ACAAAUAUAUAUACAAGCACACACACACAUACAUGCUCUGUGCUUUCACUAAUAUGCUUCUUCUGAUUAUCGAAGAUUUUCACUUGUGAUUAAUUAGGAGCAGAGGCAGGUAUAGUAAGCUCUUAGCCGGCCGGCGAUAGCUUUUCUCGCCAUGAAGAGCUCCGAAGGUAAAGUUUACAAGCCUGCCAUGGACGUCGACGUCGGCCCCGACAGCAAUGAAUCCUAUCUCCGAGCCGACGUCAAAGCUCCUCGAAUGGCUGGACUUCUAAUUAAAAUUUUUGCUUGGUGUUUGGAAUUACGGAUUUUUGGAAAGAUACUGGUGUACAUAUUGAAAAGAAAUAAUUUGAUUCACCAGCUUGUGUCAUUUGCAAAGUUGGAGGAGCCACCGGUAUUCAUUCCCUUGCAUCCAUCUGAAGAACUUAAAGAGCAAGAUGUAAAAAGCAUAAGACCUGAUUUAUCUCCAUCUGAGCAAGUUCAACAGGCCAUGGAAUGCCUAUCUUUAUCUUCCAAGAAUAUGUCAAAUAGCCUGGAGAAUAGAUUUUAUCGCAUGACAAUAUUGGACUAUUCAAAAGCCUACAUCUCAGGAGAAAUAACACCUUGCAUGGUUGCAGAACGACUUAUAGCUGCUGUCCAGGAAUCUUCCAAUCCACCAUUACAGAUGUCAUUCUUUAUUGAUUUUAAUUCCAAAGAUAUACGCAGGCAAGCGAGAGAGUCAACCCUUCGUUACAAACAAGGUGAACCACUAUCAGCUCUUGAUGGGGUCCCUAUUGCUAUCAAAGAUGAAAUAGAUUGUCUGCCAUAUCCAACUACAGGUGGAACAAAGUGGCUACACAAACUAAGACCUUGCAAGCAAGAUGCGAGCUGCGUUAGGAGCUUGAGAUCAUGUGGGGCUGUGCUUGUUGGGAAGACCAAUAUGCAUGAACUAGGGGCUGGAACAAGUGGGAUAAAUCCUCAUUAUGGGGCUACUAGAAAUCCUUAUGAUAGAAGCAAGAUUACUGGAGGCUCUUCAAGUGGCUCGGCUGCAGUGGUUGCUGCAGGAUUGUGCCCUGCUGCCCUUGGUGUUGAUGGAGGAGGUUCCGUGCGGUUGCCUGCAGCUCUUUGUGGUGUUAUCGGUUUCAAGCCCACUUAUGGGUGUGUGCCUCAUUCUGGCAUUCUUCCCCUGAACUGGACAGUUGGGAUGGUUGGCAUUUUAGCAGGCACCAUUGAAGAUGCAUUCCUUGUUUACGCAGCUAUAAGUGCUCAACUUCCAACACAUCAAACAACAACCAUAAUGCCCAAGCUAUAUUUUCCACUGCUGAAGUCAGCAUACUCUGCAUCUCAAGUCAAAUUAGCAAAGUAUAGUGAGUGGUUUAAUGACUGCAGUGAUGACAUCAAAAUAUGCUGUUCCCAGGCUUUGAACAGGCUUCAGGAUCAUUAUGGAUGGAAGAUUGUGGAGGUGACUAUCCCAGAGAUUGAACACAUGCGCCUAGCACAUUAUGUAACAAUUGGAUCAGAGUGCAGCAAUUUUAUUAACCCUUGUCUAGAAAAGAUGAAUACUGCAGAAUCAGGGUGGGAUGCAAGGGUCGCACUUUCUGUCUAUAGCUCUUUCAGCAGCAGAGAGUACUUAAAUGCUCAGAGAAUUAGAAACCGUCAGAUGCAAUUUCAUAAGAAAAUAUUCACUCAGGCAGAUGUCAUUGUGACACCAACAACAGGCGUAACAGCAUACCCAAUCAUGAAUGAUGCACUGGAAACUGGUGAACUUGACUAUAUAAAUGGAGCUGCUCUUGUGCGGUACCAGAUCGCAGGAAACUUUCUAGGAUUGCCUGCAGUUACUGUUCCUGUUGGAUAUGACAAGGGAAAUCUGCCCAUUGGCCUUCAAUUUAUCGGGCAACCAUGGUCUGAACCAAUAUUAAUCCACAUUGCUUCCGCAAUGCAGGCCUUGUGCAUAUCAAGCUACAGGAAGCCAGAAGUUUUUUAUGAUCAUUUCAAUGAAGAUCGAGUGUGCCAAGGGACCCUUGGCUCAGAGGAGAUAAAACAGUGAUUAUAUACAAGUGUUUGCAACAAAAUUGUGCACAUCUACGCCAUGUUCUUGUUCGAUCAAUAUGUUUUUGUUGCAUCUCCCCCAGUGAGGAAAGUAAUUCGUAUUGAAGUUUAUUGCCCAUAGUAUCUCUUGAAAAAUUGUCUACUCCACUAUCAACUGCAACAGGUCCUUGAGGUCAUAUGAAAUGAUACACUCCAUUUAAAUAUUAGUACUCUAUCAAAUAUAUAUAUAAUUCAUAUUGAAGUUUAUUGCCCA